AGUAGCAGCCGCGUCUGGAGAUCUGAGGGGGCAGCGCCGUGUUUGACAGAAUAACAGCGACCAUUUGAGGCUUCACUGGGUGAUAGAUACCUCGUAAAGAGAGGAUCGACAGGUUUUAUUCUCAAGCAGGUCGUUUGUCAAGGGUUCAUAAAGGCGUGUUGAGCUGACGGUUCAGCUAAAGCCAGGAAUGAAGACGCCUCAGACACAUCCAAACACGCACUGAGCAUCGCGUUUCGAAGAGCGGCGAGGAUACUGAGCGUCGGUCGUUUGGACAGUCCAGACAAGAACCGAAUAUACACGACACAGUCGCUUUUUGUUGAUUGAAAAACCAGUGAGAUACCGUUUAACAGCACAUUCCGGCACUUGACACAAACUGUCAUGGUUUUUAUCGCGCUCUAGUGACAUCUGUCAUCGCGUAUCUCAGUCAGCUACGCGUGAUGUUGUGGAUGUGAACUUAAUUGGGAACAUUAAUGAUUUAAUAAUAAUGUAAUUAAUUAUGUAGCCAUAACAGCAGCUUCGCAUAACGUAAAGUUAAUAACGUUUUGAUGUAAGCAAAAAUAAAAGCAAUUUAAAUGUUGUCCUGAACUUAUAAUGGUAGCAAAGAAAUUUUGAUAUGGACCCUUUCAUCUGUUAUUUUCGAGACAGUUGCUGUCUUUCUAUUGAGAUGGGCUGGAAACAAUUGAACAUCUUUUCAUCCCCACGCCCGGUGAAGUGAACAACACACCGGAAAGCAAGGCUUUAAAGUGUUCUCUUGAUUUUGCACUGAAACUUUCAGGAUAAAUGAUGUCUAAAACUCUAAAGAGGAAGAAACACUGGUCCACUAAAGUGGAGGAAUGCGCCGUGUCGUGGGGAAGCGUCGGAGAAUUCGGUGAUGUUGUGGAGAUCCUCGGAGGCGCCGAGCACGGAGAGUUCCCGUUUCUUGGUCAGAUGAACUUGGACGUACUAGUGUGCCACGUCGGGAGACUACCUUACUACGGGGAUGUGUUAUUGGAGGUGAACGGGACACCUGUCAGCGGGCUGACGAACCGAGACACGCACGCGGUGAUCCGCCACUUUCGGGAGCCGAUCCGCAUUAAGACCGUCAAACCAGGGAAAGUUCUGAACACUGAUUUGAGGCAUUAUCUUAGCCUGCAGUUCCAGAAAGGAUUAAUCGACCACAAACUACAGCAAGUGAUCCGAGACAACCUCUACCUGCGAACAAUUCCAUGUACCACACGGCUGCCCAGAGAGGGGGAAGUUCCUGGAGUGGACUAUAAUUUUAUCAGCCUGGGGGAUUUUCGCAUUCUGGAAGAAAGUGGUUUGCUGCUGGAGAGUGGAACAUAUGAUGGUAACUUCUAUGGCACUCCAAAACCUCCUGCCGAGCCCAACUUGAUUCAGCCUGACCUUGUGGACCAGGUUCUGUUUGAGGAGGAUUAUGGCGCUGAGGUUCCAAGAAAGAGAACCACUUCUGUCAGCAAGAUGGAUCGCAAGGACAGUGCCGUCCCCGAAGAGGAGGAAGAUGAGGAACGACCACAGCUCCCAAACGGCAUUCCAGAGAGGACAGAGGAGUGGAGGAAAGCCGUGCCCAGCUACACUCAGUCCAGUGGUGGAGGCAGUGCAGGUGGCAGUGGAACAUUGGAACUUCGCACCUGGAGCUCUUUACCCAGAGACGACAGUCUGGAACCCCUGCCGUACAACUGGGAAAUGGCUUACACGGAGACUGGCAUGGUCUACUUCAUAGAUCAUAACACAAAGUCGACUACAUGGUUGGACCCUCGUCUGGUCAAGAAAGCCAAGCCUCCCGAAAAGUGUGAGGAUGGAGAACUUCCAUAUGGUUGGGAGGAGAUUGAUGACCCACAGUACGGCACAUAUUAUGUUGAUCACAUAAACCAGAGAACCCAGUUUGAGAAUCCAGUUCUAGAAGCCAAGAGAAAACUUGGUUUGGACACCGCCGUUGCAACUCAAACCCAACAGAGGGCAGCACCUCCUCCAGGUGGAGCUGGCGGUACGCCUGGGUUCACACGGGACCCAACCCAGCUGAAGGGCGAGCUGUACCACACAGCUCUCAGGAAGAGCCAGCAGGGUUUUGGAUUCACCAUCAUUGGAGGAGAUCGACCUGAUGAGUUUCUGCAGGUGAAGAAUGUUCUUGGAGAUGGACCGGCUGCCCAGGACAACAAGAUGGCCUCUGGUGACGUUAUUGUGGAGAUUAAUGGCACACUUGUCUUAGGCAAGACCCACGCUGACGUUGUACAUAUGUUCCAGUGCAUCCCCAUUAACCAGUACGUUGACAUGGUCCUCUGCCGCGGAUACUUGCUCCCCCCUGAUGUGGACGUGGAUAGUGAAGACCUCCCCCCUCCUCCCCCUCCUCCAACAGGAGAGAUUGUAACUGCCGUACCCCUCAUCAAUGGCCAACCAUUGCUGGUCAAAGGUGAUGCUCUCCAUGGUUCCUCCCAAGAGCUUCACUACGUAACCACAGACUCCAGUGGGCGGCCUGUGGUCACCGCACUUCCUCCCAGCACCGCCGGUGCCAACGAUAGGCCCGAAACUGGGAUGCUACAUCCGGAGCUGGUGAGUGUGUCGAUCAUGAAGGGACCUGGUGGGUUUGGGUUCGCCAUCGCAGACUCUCCGCUGGGCCAGAAGGUGAAAAUGAUACUGGAUGAGCAGUGGUGCCGUGGUCUGCUCAAAGGAGAUGUUAUAAAGGAGAUUAACAGACAGAAUGUGCAGAUGCUGAGCCAUGCGCAGGUGGUGGAUAUAUUGAAGGACCUGCCCGUGGGAAGUGAAGUCAACCUGUUGGUGUUGAGAGGAGGUCAGACAUCGCCUGUGAAGAGUUUAAGACCUAGACAUGGAAUGAGUGCCAGCACGGAGACUCUGGACCGUUGCCAUGACAUCAUGGUACCCCCGGCUUUGACCUAUCACUCAAAAACACUGCCAUGCAACUCACCAAAACAAGAUGCUUCACUCCACUACAGAAAACCCAAAGCCUUGCCAGAGAGCAUAGGAUCUCUUCCUGCAAUAUCUCACUGUAAAGAGCUGGAUGUGUUCAUUAAGAGAGAUCAGGAGUCAGGGUUUGGCUUCCGUGUGCUGGGUGGAGAAGGUGCAGAACAGCCAGUGUAUAUUGGUGCCAUCAUUCCCCAGGGCGCAGCAGAGAAAGAGGGCCGUCUGAGGGCCGGAGAUGAGCUCAUUGGCAUUGAUGGCAUCACGGUUAACGGGAAAUCUCACAAACAAGUUUUGGAUCUAAUGACCAAUGCAGCCCGCAAUGGACAAGUGCUCCUCUCUGUUCGCAGGAAGGUCAUUUACAGAGAUGCCUCAGAGGAUGUUGGGAGCGGCGCUCUGACCCUUGUGAAUGGCUCACCGCGGCUUCCACGUAUACAGGUGCCAAGCGUCAAGGACCAGGAGUCGUUUGAUAUCACGCUUAAUCGUAAAGAUAACGAGGGCUUCGGUUUUGUCAUUCUGACCUCGAAAAGCAAACCGCCACCUGGAGUGAUCCCUCACAAGAUUGGACGUAUAAUCGAGGGCAGUCCGACGGAUCGCUGCGGUUUGCUGAAUGUGGGUGACCGCAUUUGUGCUGUGAAUGGUCAGUCUAUCAUAGAGCUCUCGCACAACGAGAUUGUUCAAUUUAUCAAAGACGCUGGAAACUCGGUCACACUCACCGUGGUUCCUGAGGAGGAGUACAAAGGCCCGCCCUCAGGAGCCAGCUCAGCCAAACAAAGUCCAGCACCACAGCACAAGAUUCUGAAAUCCACUACACAGGAUGAGAGGUAUGUUUUGGAUAUGGAUGAGAUCAGGGAUGAGCUUGCAUGGAUGGAGUAUAAAUCUCUUCCCAUGAGUGAUCAGGGAACACUGUGUGUCACCAACUCCAAACAGGGCUGUAUAGCAGUUGAGUUGGAGCGUGGUUCUCGUGGUUUUGGCUUCAGUCUGAGAGGUGGCACAGAGUAUAACAUGGGCCUUUACAUCCUGCGACUGGCUGAAGAUGGCCCUGCACUACAGGAUGGCAGAAUACACGUAGGAGAUCAGGUAGUGGAGAUCAAUGGGGAACAGACACAAGGCAUCAGUCACACUAGAGCAAUUGAGCUCAUCCAGGCUGGAGGAAACAAAGUGCUACUAUUACUGCGACCACAAGCCCUCUUAUCUGAAAACAGUUCUCAAGGAGAUAUUAUCCAUCCUGACCCACAGGGAUCCAACACUUCCAAAAUUCCCCACAAGUCUACUCUCUUUCAUCCAUCAUCAACAUCAGUGAAGAAGAGAACAUCAGACCUGUCAAACUCAAUUGCCCGUUCGCAUGCCUCCUUAGAUCUUGCUCACCAGGAUCCACGUCCUAAAGACAGCACCGUGGAGAAGCUUGCCAAACCACGAAACUCCAGCUCUUCCAAUGCCUCAAAGGACUGCCGAAUCAAGAGUCUGUCUGCAGAGAAUCUCCUUGAUCUUGGAGAUACAAAGAAAUUCAAAUGCCCAUCCAAAGACAAAGCUCACAGCUACAAAGAAAACCUGCAACUAAGAUCUCAGGACUCCACCAAAAAUAGGAAGUCCAACCAGCAGAGUCACUCAGUUAGUCCCAAGAAGUCCAAGUCUGAAGGACAGGAAGUGGUAAUUAGCGAUGGGCUGGGAAGGAAAGACAAACAUCGUAAAAAGGGGACGCCAAGGGUGGACCAGAUGAAAAGUGACUCUGAGAAGAUGAAAAAACAGUAUUCUAGAGAAUGGAAGCGAAAUUACACUGGAGAUGACAAGGAGAGGGCGAGGAAGAGCGAGGGAGUGGAUAAAGUGAUUGAGCCAAAAUGGGAGGCAGAACUGAAAAACACCAAAAGGACAGAAACAACAAAAGAUGGAGAGCAAUUAAAUAAUGGCACCCACUUAUCAAGAAGAGAGGUAGAGAAGAGGAGUAAACAAACACAGGAUAAAAAAUCUUCAAGGGAUCCAAAAGAAGAAAACAAUAAGAAAAUGAUGAACGGGAUCAUAGACAGGAAAGAAAACAAAAGCAUAGGAAGUGAGAGUGAUAGCAGGAAAGAUGACAUUGUCACUGAUAUGGCCCCAAUCCCCAACAGGGCAAGUCUAGUCUUCGACAGCUCGAGCCCACUAAACGAUGGCCUUUGGAAGAUCCCUAGCUACUGUCGCAUUCUUACUCGUGAGGAAGUGAUGCGAGAUGUUCACGAGUAGCUUCUUCUUGUCGAUGGGCAUUGAAGUUCUGAGGCCUGAAACACACUCUACGCAAAUACAUAAUUCUAUUUGAGGAUUGUUAACACCAUAGUGUUUUUAACGCUUGCAAUGUGUUGACAAAUCCUUCGUGUCUGAAUUUGCGUACUUGCGAAGAGUGUGUGUCUGGCAUUACACCUUUUUUUCCCCCUGGAGGUCUCCCUUCCAGGAAUUGAUUAGGCUCUCUCCUGCUAGCUUUGCCAGGUAACCAGUUGAGCACAUACACAUUCAUGCUCUUAAGGAUUCAAACUCUAAUACUUUAUUUAUGUUUGUAAUCAGCAACUUAUCAUUCGCACUGAUAUACAAAUAAACCGGUUCGGUCACAACAUGUUGACAUGAAGCUUCAUCCAAGCUGCCUUUUAUGCAGUCCAAGAGAUCACUCCUUAUAAACGUAAUAGACUUGGACAAUUUUGACAGGCAAUUUCUACAGCUUUGUGGCCAAAGGCAUGGAGCUUCAUUUUGUCUGGACAGCCUCUUUUAAUUUUCUUCAUGCCAACUGACAUUAAACAACAUGAGGACUCUCUAAACACAUCAGGAUGCAAUUAUUCCUUAUGCAAUUUAAGGGAACAUUCCCCAUCAAUCACCAAAACAUCAGUGCAAGUUCAUGUUUCAGUCACAAAAGCUAAGUCCUUACCCCAAAGAAUAUUUUAUUUUCCGCACGCAAUCUAGAACACAACACUUUUUUGCAUGCCUUUAAGACCCGCCCAGUUUGUCUUAUGUUUCCAAGCUUUGUAAAUAAGAACUGUCGUCACAACUGGGGGCUUUACCAGGGACUUUUCAAGACUGUUCUCUUUCUUCCCGAUUGUUGAUUCCUUGAUCUCCAAAUAUUAUAACUGCAAAUGACCAGACACUUGUGCUUUAUUAUACCAAGAACAUUAUCAAAUGUUUAUUUAUUGAAAACAUGUACAGUAUAUGAAUAUAGACACAUGUAGCUCUAUGAAAUUGUGACAUUUAUUUAGGUUUAGAGAUACAGGCUCAUGCAAAGCACCGUGGUAGUUUUAACUUGUAGCAACUGUUUUGACUUGCCACAAAACUAAUGGUACAUGCAAAUGUAUUUUUGAAUAGUCUAUCAA